AUGCCCUUUCGGUGCUUAUCUGUCACGUCACCAGAAAGAAGCAUGAGGGCUAGAAUACUGCCAGGUUGCUCAAGCCUAGAAAGGGGAAGUCGAGAAGCAGAGAUCGGGUUCGAACCACGGACCUUUUGGCCAGUAAAUUCCAGUUCUAACCCCUGCGCCACCACGCCCUCGAAUGUACAAACAGCUAGAAACUUUAAGCAAUUCGAGAAUUACACUCAUUUGCAAAUCAAUUUGGUUUUUAUGAGAGACUCAACCGAAGAGUUUUCGGCAUCCUUAAUAUCACUUUAUCUUUGUAAUGUACUACUCAUAGGGUUACUGAAAAUCCGUCGACAGCCCACGACCGCUUCCGUCCUUUUUGGGGCUCAUCAGGUAGCCUCAGUCCCCGGGUUUCCGUCAACCUUAUGUUCUACCUUAUGUUCCACUCAAACGAGUGAGACUCAUCCAAUAUCACAAAGAAAUCGGCUACGUGUCAAACAGGGCAAUGACGCAAAGCUGGCUCAUCAAAAUACACUCAUUUGCGAACUAGUUUGGUUUUGCGAGAGACUCACCUGGAACCCAGCUGAAUCGCCCGUUUGUGAUGUUUCCAGGCAACCGAAUGUGCUGAACCAGGUUGCCUCAUGUUUCAGUCGCUACGAUAUUCGAGAUAUCGCGAUACAUGUAUAUGCUUGUAAUGCACUAUUCACAAAGUUGCUGAAAAUCCGUCGAAAGCCCACGACCGGUUUCGCCCUUCUUCGGGCUCAUCAGUCCUCUUUGCUUUUCUGCGUAAUCAGGAAAGGGGUUUGGUUGAGGUACCCCACCUUGAGCCUUCGACUCAAAGGUCUAACCCACAAGGCAGUGGGAGGACGUAGAGUUUUGUUCGGGGACCCUGACUCUAGCAUCCGACUCAAAAGUCUGACCCACGAGGCAGUAGGAGAAUGUAGGGUUUUCUUCUGUGACCCUGUAUGGAGCAGACGACUUAACAGUUUGACCUGCUCGGCCGCAUGGGGUUGGCCUAACCCAAGGGCGCAAGGAAUAAGACAUUACUGUCUCAUUCCUGAUGCGGCUGCGCACAGCAGGCGCCUUUUGAGCAGCACCGGGAUCUUUGGCUUCAAAAGCAUUUCGACCGUAUUGGAUAAUGCGCUGGCGGUCACACAUCGCUGCUUCCACAACUAUGGACAUGCUGGUCGCCUGGGGGAAACACCUUACUGCUUUCACACUCCUGUUGCAGAGAACAGUACGACUUUACCCCCAGACCGCCUCUUACCACGAUUACCCGUAGUACGGAGUCUCGCUGCUGUUGGUCUGGCUGCUCCCCUUUGGCCUUCCUGGCAUGGUUGCACCUUGUGGAACGAAGUUCCAGCCAGUGUAGUCUGCGGGAUCACUGCAGCACUGAAGCCCGACCACCACGUCAAGGUGGCAGCUUUAGGUCGGGAUGAGGCACAAGGUGGAAUUCCUUUCGCCGGACCACAGUGGGAGCGUGAAAGUUUCAUUCACUUGGAAACUACUCACAAGGUUGCUGAAAACUCCUCGACAGCCAACGACCGGUUUCGCCCUUCUUGGGGCUCAUCGGGUAGGCGCAGUCUCCGAGUUUCCGUCAGCCUUAUGAUCUACUUGAACCCAAAUUGCACUGUUUUCGAGAAAUGCACUCAUUUGCGAAUCAAUUUGGUUUUCACGGGAGACUCAAUUGAAUCUCUCGUUUAUGAUAUCCUCCAGCUGAAUGUGCUGCACACAGGCCGCUUGCAGCAACCUUCUGCUCGAAUUCACCUGAUUGUGAUUGGUUCAAAUCGUAAUUGGUCCGUUAUUAGCUCGCAUCAGGCGGCCUUAGUUUGUGAUACCCCGGCUUGGACAACCUGGCAGUAUCCCAUCCCUCGUGCAUGGCAAUUAGGCGCCGAAAAGGUGCUAGAGCUGAACCACUUUCUCACCGAUCGAUAUAAUAGCGCGAAUUUCUUGACCGGAAGGUCCCUCGGUUCGAACCCGACCUCUGCAUCUCGGCUUCUCCUGUCUAGGCUUAGGCAACUUGGCAGUACCCCAGUCCUCGCGCUUCCUUCUGGUGGCAUGGCAGCUAGGCACCGAAAGGAUUUUGCAGAUAACUGA